AUGUUAUUGACGACGACUAGUCAAAGAAAUGAAAUUCAAACAUAACCGUAAAACUCCUAUAAGUAAAUUUAACAAUCUGGUGAUUAAUCUAACGUCUAGAUCUAGAUCCUACCAACUUAUUAAAAUUAUCAUAUUUUUAAAAAAUCAAAGUAAAAAUAAAAAGAAAAUUAGACCGUGUGAUAUUUUAUAUCCCUGCAAAAAAAAUUAUUUCGAAAAAAAGUUGAGCGAUAAAGAAAGAGAUAAUUCCGAGUAAGAGUGGACUAUAAUGGAAGAAUCAAAUUAUUUUUAUAACUAUUGCUGUUCUUAAUAUCGAUCAUUCAAGCUGUGUGCUAAAUACGGUUCAGUAGAGUAAUACGUAGGAAGGAGUAAAAAUAAAUUCUAUUUAGGAUCUAAAAAUGUAUUUUGUUAGGAUAUAUUGAUGGAAAUAACUAAGUAAGGAGAACAGGAAAAAAUUGGAGAAAUUUAAGCUAUUUCACCGGAAUUCAAAACGGAAUGUAAGAAAUCAUUUAUAUACACAAAACCUUUGAUAAAAAUUGUUUAUUUUGUUAACAAUGUGGAGGCUUAAGUCCUUGUUAUAACUUUGGCUAAAACAACAUUCCAUAAUUAUUACUUAAGAUAAUGUUGCCUGCCUUAUUCUGAAAUAAUAUAUAACAUAUAUGAAAAAAAUAAAGAAUAAGCAUCUCCUCAAAUUGGGGAUAUUACAAAUAAAUUUUAAGGUUGCUCCAAAGAAUAUUGUACUAGAGGAGAUUAAUUCUAAAUAGAUAUGACUAAAAAAAUUGAAAACAAAGAUAUAGAGGCCUUAAUAAUGUUUGGUUGCUUGCAACUAACAUAUCAAGAAUAUGAGUAAAUGAUAAAAUUGCCUUGA